AUGUUUGGAAUGCCAGAAGAUGCUGUACAAGAUGAGGGAAGUGAUGGAUUGGGUUCUAAAUCAUAUUCAAAGGGAGGUGGAAUAAAAAAAUCCAAAUUAAUUUUGGCCCAAGUAUUUAAACGGCAACGUCAAGAAGAGGAAGAACAAAUAGAAACACAAAUAGCCCAAAUUGCCGAUAAAGACCCUUUUAAUUUAUCAAAUGAUGAUUAUUAUAUGCCAAAAAAUACAGCAGAAAAAACUUCACGUUCAUUAGCAACAAAUAGUGGAAUUCAACAUUCUUUGCCAGCACAACAAAUUCAUCCAAUUUUUUUCCCAUUUUUAACAAGCAAUACACAAUUGAGGAAUUUUCAUAGACCUAAAUUGCCUGGAAGAUUUUUACAAAGUUUGGUUAGUAGUAGAAGUGGAGGAGGUGCUCCAAUACUUUCUUUGACAAGACAUAUUAGAAUGACUAACCAGAGAAGAGAGCGUCAUUUAUCUGGUGAAGGCGGAGGUUUCGAUAUAUUUUUAAUGCGUGAAGUACACGAUUUGAGUGGUAGAGAUGGAACUUUACUUUUAAUGGAAUAUUCAGAACAAUUUCCACCGUUGCUUAGUCAACCUGGAAUGGCUUCGAAAAUUCGAAAUUAUUAUAAAAGGAAGCCAACAAAAGAACAAGAAACAACAGAAUAUGAAUUUGGAGAAACAUCAUUUUCCCAUACAUUCCCAUUUUUGGGUAAAUUAACAACAACAACAACAACAACAGAUCCCUCAUUACAAGUUUUGGAAAACAACAUGUAUCGUUCAGCAAUAUUUAAACACAAAAUACCUUUAACUGACUUUUUACUUGUCCGAACACGUUUUGGAUUCUUUUUGAGACAUUUUCCAAAUUUAUUUGUUGUUGGACAAGAAAUGCCUUUAAUUGAAGUUCCAAGUCCAAAUUCAAAAAGAGCAAAAGAUUUUGGAAAAGAUUUUAUGAUGUCUUGUAUUUAUCGGUUAUUUUGGGAGAAUGACAAAAAACCUAGACGUGUUAGAAUGGAUGAAUUGAGAAGAAUAUUUCCAAAUCAAGAUGCUAUUAUAAGAAAAAAUUUGAAGCCAAUUGCUGAAUUUAAAAGAGUUGGUGUUGGAUUGGAAUUUUGGGUAUUUUUUUGUUUUUUUUUUAAUUUAAGUGGGUGGGAUUGGGUGACCAUCUUGGUUGGGCUUUCUUUUUGCAGAAUUCCUCAUUUUUUGACUUUUCCGCUAACCUUGGUCCCUCUUCCGAUUUUAAAAUACGACAGGAUAUAUUUCUGGGUACUUUGUUCGUAUCCUGCCCCCCACUCCUAUUUGAGUCUCAUGUCAGACCUAUUUCUGAUACUCUUUGCUUUUUGCCAAUUAUUUUUAUGGGAUAAAUACGAAGGAUGGGACAUCAGGGAAAAAGUAUUGAAAGAUGACUUUCGCCUUCCUAGCCGUGAAGAAGUCGCAAGUAUGAUAACACCAGAAAUGUAUUGUGCCCAAGCUUCAAUGAUGGCGGCUGAGCAAAGAUUGAGGGAUGCUGGGUAUGGAGAGAAAUAUUUACAUGUUGCUGAGAAUGCUGAUGAUUCUGAUGAUCAACAAAAUAUUGGGGAAGAAGAGAUCAAAUGUGCCCCGUGGAAUACAACAAGAGCUUAUAUAGCCGUUAUGAAGGGAAAAAGUUUUUUGGACCAAACAGGAAUUGCAGACCCUACAGGUUGCGGAUUAGGCUUUUCUUUCCUGCGAGUUAGUGCAAAACCUCAAAAAGUAGCAAAAGAAGAAGUAGACAAAGAAGCGCCAAAAAAGCUUGUAACUGGAACAAAUGCGGAUUUAAGAAAGCUCCCAUUAAAAGAAGCUAGGCAAAUGUGUAGAGAAUUUGGACUUUUGGAAGAGGAAAUUAGUCAACUUGAGAGAUGGGAUGUAAUUGAUGUAAUCCGUACUUUGUCGACACAAGCAGCUCAAGGACAGAAAGAUUCACAAGUGUCCAGAUUUGCUAGAGGAAAUGCUCGUUUAACCUUUGCUGAUAUGCAAAAUAAACAUAAAGAACAUUGUCAACGCAUUUUUGAGAAGCAGAACAAAUGGUUGGCAAAUACUGAACCAGAUAUUUGUGAUUUGGAUUGGGAAUCGAGUGGAGAUGAACUUUAUGGAACACAACUUGGUAAACGUUUUGUUGGUGCAUAUUCAACAACUCAAACAUUAAAUGAUGCUGAACAACGAAAAUUAGAAUUUGAACUUGAAGAACGUGAACGGUUAAAUUUACAAAAAAUGAUUCGAGGUGAAGUAACAAAAAGUGGGGCUUCUGUCUCUGAUGCAGCAAAAGAAGCUGUAGCUGAUAAACAACAAAAUAAACAAGAAAAAAAUUCUGAGGAUUUACAGGAUGUUUUUACUGUUCCAAAUCCUCAAAGUCCGGGAGGAGGGACAACAUCACUUUUAUCAUCUGGUGCUCAAAGAAAAUUAAAAAUUUAUAGAACGAUUAAGAAUACGGAUGGAACUGAAUCGACACGUGUUGAAACUGUAAUCCAUCCACAAUUAAUAGAAGCUUAUGUUCGGAUUCGGUCAACAAGGGAUGAAAGUUUUAUUAAAGUAUAUGCUCAAAUGGAUGAAAAAUAUAAGGAGGAAAAAAGAAAAGAGAGAAGACGUCAACAAGAAAAUGCUAGAAAAUCAAAAAAGGGAGAUUUACAGCAACAAAUACAACAACAAAUCCAAAAAUCUUUAAUUUCUGAAAAAGAGAAGGACAUAACAGAAAGAAUGAAAAUGAUGACAGCAGAAAUUGGAGGAGGCCCUUCUUUAAUAUUAGAACAACAAUUAAUUUCUACAUCACCAAAUAAACUGAAAAAAAUUGUUGAGAAAAAAGAAAAACCUCCACCGCCACCAAAACCUCCAAAAGAAUUAAAAAUUACUUGUAGUGCUUGUGGAGGUAUUGGACAUAUGAAAACUAAUAGAAAUUGUCCUUUAUAUGGAAAAGAGGAAGAAUUGGCUUCAAAAACUGUUGGGGAAAUUUGUCAGCCUCCAGUUUCUCGUAUAAGCGAUAUUCUAGACGAAGAGGGUUGUAGUCUUCCAUCAGGGGAAUUAAUUGAAGUUGAUGGAACGCGAUUAAAAAUAUCCAAAAAAUUGUAUAAACAUGCAGAAAAGGAAAGAAAAAAUGCUUUGAGACUUCACAUUCCUCGUAAAAUAUUGGAAAGUGGAGGAGGGGGAAUUGUUUCUAAAAAAUUUGGAAAGAAAGCUGCAAGACUCUCAUCUUCAUCAUCACUUACUAGAGCUAUCCCUCCAGGAAUUUCUAAACAAGAAUUAUUGGCUUCAAUUCCAUCAACUUCGAAUUUUAUACCUUUAAAUGAAGAUAUUCAACUAGUUUCUUCUUCGCGCAAACCUCAUCCACUUACAAUCAAUGUCCCUUCUAUUCCUCCAAAUUCGUCUGCAGUAACUUCAAUUGGCCCCCUUUCUGCAAUUUCCUCAGCUUCUUCAACUGGUGGAGGAGGAGGCCCCUUUUCAACAGGAAAAAGAAGAGGAACAUUAGAUGAUGCCGAUUAUUUGGUUGGGCCACAAAAAUCUGUUCAAAGAAGAAGGGCUGAUCCGCGUGUUUCUAUGGCUAGUUUGUUAAUGGAAAUAUUGAAUGAAUUGAAAUUGUUUGAAGGGUCUGAACAUUUUGCUAUUCCUGUAAAUAUUAAAAAGGUCCCAGAUUAUUUGUCAAUAAUUUCAAAACCUAUGGAUUUGCAACAAAUUCGAAAAAAUGUGGCUAAUAAUAAAUAUGAACUUAGACAACAAUUUUUGAGCGAUUUAACACAGAUUAUAAUCAAUUCAAGUACUUAUAAUGGCCCAACUCAUCCAAUUACUGAAGCAGCUAGAAAGAUGGUUCAAUACGCAACCAAAAAAUUAGAAGAAAACGAUUCACGUCUUAUAGAAUUAGAAAAACAAAUAAAUCCUUUACUUGAUGAUGAUGAUAUUGUUGGAUUUUCUUAUAUUUUACUUCAAAUAGUUCAAGAAUGUAAAAAUUUGCCAAAAUCUGUUGCUUUUCAUUCUCGUGUAGAUUCUAAAAAGUUUCCAUUUUAUAAUGAUAAAAUUCAACGACCAAUGGAUUUGGGAAAAAUUGAACAAAAUGCAAAAGAGCAUCGUUACACAACUAUUGAAGGUUUUAGAAAAGAUUUUGAACAGAUUGUAGAAAAUAGUCGCCUUUUUAAUGGUCCACAAUCUGUUUUUACUCUUAAAGCUGAAGAAAUAUUGGCUACAUGUAAUCAACUUUUGGAAAAAUCUGGAGAACCUUUGGCUGAAUUAGAAUUUAAUAUACAAAAAGUUUUGAAAUUUAGAGUCCUUCCAAUAUUAACUGAAGAAGAUAGUAAUUCAUCACAAAAUUGGCAAACAAUAAAUCGAACAAAAGAAGAUGUUCCUCAAUUAAAUAGAAUUGAGGAAGAAGAAAUUACUACGAGUAAAAAAGAAUUAUUAUCCCAACCAAAAUUUUAUGUUGGUGAUGAUGAAGAGGAGGGAGGAGAGAAGGAAGAAGUAGUAAAAGAAGAAAAUAAUAAAAAUGAAGAUGAAAUUGUAAAUUUGGAUUUGAGUGAUUCUGAUGAGGAAAUUUCAGAAAAGAAAAUUCGUUUGGGCUAA